GACGGUGUGAAAGCCUGCUAUGAGAGAUCUAAUGAAUAUCAGCUGAUUGAUUGUGCGCAGUAGUAAGUAUUGUUCUGUUCUGCUGUAUAUUAACUGUGAGAUACAAUUUGUUUUAAAGUCCUUUGGAUUGUCCUGAUGCUUACUUUUCCCUAUGCUGGAAAAUAAGGAUUAGGUGCUAUGGACUGAAUUCCUGCUAGUCAGCCAUUCAGAGAUCUAGCUAGCUGGUGUUGAGUUCAACAGUAUUGUCUACAUUGAAAACCUUGCCAGUACUUUGACAUAGGCUGACACCAGAUUUCCCAUUUAUACCACGUGACAGUCAACUUCAGAUCCUGCAGCAAAUUUUAAUGACUUGGAAAGUACAGUGUAGCUUUUCCUUUUGAUGCAGUUUCUUUAUCUAAAACAAAAAUGGCAGCAGCCUGUGAUCAGUCACCAAGACUUCUGCUUGUGUACCUUGGUGCACAUAUCUGAAAAUGAUUUAUUCCUUUCUGUUAUUACCACCACUGUGAUAUUGUCCCAAGAGAGACUGCUUCAUGUUUGCAGUACAGCGUGGUUCAGUUUUUUUUUAAUUGCAAUAUGUUUGUGAUAAUUGCGACAAUUCCUGAUAUUUUCGUGAUGUAACUAAAGAACUGCAAGACUUGAAUUUAGAAAAUUAAUUGUUAAGACUGCUUUUUAUUAGCUUACACUCUGUUUCUUUUGGAGAUAUGGAAAUUAAUUGUAGUGGUCAAGGAAAUAGAAGCUUCCUCUUUUCACAAGAUGAAGGAGGACUGUGGUUUGUCUGUGACCGAGUCUCAUAAGGAACAUUUGGUGAAAUAAAAUUUGUAAGGUUCUUUUUUUGUUUGGGUAGGUAGACUUCGAGGUAAAUCAACAAUUAGCUCUGUUUGAAGAUACCAGGGAGAUAAUUUUUCUAUGACUUGCUCAGCUCCAGGUCUUUCAAAGGCCCUUUGAAGUUUUGCCAUUGUUUCUAGUGUGAAUUUGUUUGAUGUGUAGCAAUGUCUUUUCCAUUAGGUGACUAAUGUUUGAUCAUUUGGCAUGGAUCUCCUUGCAAGUUCAUUUGCUACUAAAUGAAAAAAUAUUACAAGAUCUUUGUUUUCUGUCGACUAUCCACUAAAUUUUGUCUUUAUAGUGUAGAGCUGACAGAAAUUGGAAACAGAUCUCUUUGUUUCUCUCAGUGUUUGGUUAUCUCUUAGUGUUUCUGGCUAGUUUUUUUCACAGUCAUCUUCUGGCACUGGACGAGAUAAGUAUUGCUAAGCACCAAGGUUUUGUUGUGUGGCUCUAUUUUUAGAAGAAGAUCAAAUUUUGGUCUGCCCCGAAUGUACCGAAGAAAGCUGAAGUUGCUGCCAUUCCUGAUUGCUGGACACUGACAUUUUCAUGGGUCAGUGAGGGGAAUGGCCCUUAGGAUGGUUUUACCAUCCUGCUCCAUCUAGUGGAACAUUGGAUGUUACAUCAUGGUCCAUAGAACAAAAUUAAAUGUUGUACAUUGCUGACAAUACUUUUUUUUUUUCCCCUAAGAUACAUACCAUUGCUGUCUCCUUCUAAAUAUAUGUCAUGAUCCUAAUAUUUAUUCAGUUUGCUUGUAAACUGUAUGGCAUUGCUUCCUUGGAAGUAAGCAGAAGGGCCUUUCUUGUCACUUUUGUUGGUCGUUUGUGCCCUUUCUGGCACUUUUGGUCUUGCACUGGUGGUGUUCUUAAUUUACAUGUUCUGUUUGAUGAGUUGUAAUGGCAAAAUGUUUGCUUGGAGGUGAAAUGCUUUGAAAUUCUGUGCUUGUUUUUAUCAUAUUAAAUUUUCAAGAGACCUGACAAAAAUUGCUUCCAGUAAAAUCUGGUGUGAUUGAUGCUUUGAAAUGAGCCUCGGGAGCACAUUGUUUAAAAAAAAAAAAAAAUGCAGCAGAGGCAAAAUAUGAAACGUUGCUGAGAUUUAUGGAGCGCGGGCUUUUAAUGGGAGUGUGCAAACUGCCGUCAUUACAGCUAAUGGGAGUUACGAGAGAAAGUGCAGUGAGUGUUGGAGUUUGUGAGCUCCUUCAGAGCCCUUUGUCCUCAGUGCUUUCCACUUCUGAAGGUGCCUGUUCAGAACAAGCAAAGCAUGCUUAAAAUGGAAGACAGAAAAAUAUCUUUUCUCUUUCAAAAUCAGUCAGCUUCCAAAAAAAUCCUUCCUUGCUCUUAAAAAUUGAUUAAAUAGUUAAAUGUCAAAGGAUUCUUAGUCUGGAGAACCACUUCAAAAUUCUAAACAAUGUUUCUUUUUAUUGCUCUUUGUAAUUUUAUCUGUUUAUUUCUUUUAUUUAAUUUUGAAGUGUGAUUUCUUAGUGCGAAGCCUGUCUUGUUCUGGAGUCAUUUAACACAGGGAACAAGUUGGUUAAAUCAGAAGUUCUCUUAGAUGAAAGCAAAGGGAAGAUGUCAUUCUGGCUGCUUGUCCUUUGGCAGAGAAGUGGGAAUGAAGAUAAUUCCCAACAUAAUGUGUUGUAUCUCCGUAACACUGAUGUGGUUAUUAAGAUUCUAGCCAUUUAGCAGUGGUAUUUUUUACCUGUCCCUCAGCAGUAACUACAGUUCUUCAUGAUGCCUUGCUACAGCUUUUCAGUGUUUCCUCACAAGACGUCAGCAGUAGCAUUGUCUGCACCUUCUGUCACUCCCUCAAGGUCCCACCUGAAGUGGCUCACGCUGAAAACUGUCAGACAGCCACAGGUACCAGCCUGGCUGCUUGACUGCAGCUGUGAUUGUCACGGGUGUAAAGCUGGGAGACCUGAGCGGUAGCCCCAUCUGUUGGAGAGCCCUUCUGGUAUCCCACCCUUUCUCCUCAAGCUUACUGGCUUAAUGAAUACAUCACUCCCGAGGAACUUUGUUCGUUUUGAAGAAGAGCUGCCUCUGCUCAUCAUAAGCUUUACUGUACUUCCUGUCUGGGCAUACUGUACAGUCUCGAGAGAAAGGAAAGGAGGCUGUUUCCCUUUUCUUAGCUCAACUUACUAAGUAAUUAGUUUCAAUUCUGCUUCUAGAGCAGCAUGCUCUGGGAGGCUGUCACCAGUUUCUGCCUUUGGGGAAUGUAUAUUAACUGUCAGGAGGGAGUAAUAUCUAAGAGGAGACCAGAUUUCAUUGCUCUUGCAUGUUUUGGGGAUGUGUAUAGAAGAGAACAAAUGUUUUUACUGAAGCUGCCAUGUGAUACUUCUCUUGACUAAUAAUAAACAGAAGAACACAGAAGUGUCUAGAAUGCAGAAAACCCAAAAUGGUAAUAAGUGAUGUACUGUCCUUCCUAUUUCUUUCCUGCAGGUGCAGGAUUUCAUUUUAUUCAAAAUAUGCUACUUAAUAUUAAGAAUCUAGGAGUCAUUUCCACUGCAGUGUGCCAAAACCUGCAUGUCAGAUCUAUGCCUUCUGUCAAGUAUAGACAAACAUGAACUCUUUGAAGUGCUGUCAUUGCUAUAUUUCAACCUCAGUUUUCAUUUGAGGAUUUUUGUUCUUAAAGCCUCACAAAUACUCUGCAGAAGCUACAGUUGGAAUAAGCAGGAUCUCUCUCCCAUACCAAUGGGCUGUUGGUAGUAUGGAGGCUUGAAGGAUCCCAGCCCAGUCCUGUGGGGCCUGGUGCCACAUCUGUGGAUGUCCUGAAGAAGACUGCUCGGAUGUCAGUAGCCUUUCGAUUAGCACUGUUUGUAGCAAAUUGCAAGAAAAACUUGGAUACAUAAUCCUCCUAGGGCUCUUUUCUAGUCUUGCUGCUAUUAGGCUGUACCCACAAGUACUGGAUUUUUUGCUUUAUCUAGCCUUGGCUUAGCUUGGUUCGUUGGCCCCCCGUUUGAUUUUUCGCUUUGUUUUACACUGCUUUCGCUUCGUAUCUCCCAGCUGACACUUCCUGGUUUUGGCUGGAGUGGAAAAGGAAAUAAUGUGAGAGACAGCAUUUGCAACCCAUUUCACACCCUGCACUAUCAGGAAGGGCUGGAAGUAGCAGUUGGGAGCCUAUUCUCAUGCUAUUUCCUGCUGGAAAGCCUCGCCGUGCUUUCUCCCGCCGUCUGCCAUUUCAUGGACGGAGGAAGCGCGGGCAGGCUGCUGGUAGAGGUGCAGCGAGCUGUAUUUCUUGAACUUCAGCACCAGCAGAGCCACUCUGAUAGCUUGAAACCGCGCCAGGCUGCUCCAGAAGGGCUUUAUGAGAAGUAUUUUUUAAGAUGUUUGUUUUUAAAAUACUUAUCAAAGAAAGGGGGAGAGUGCAGCUAUUAGCUGACUGCUGUGCAGCGCUCCUACAGGAUCAGCAGAUGUGGAUGUCCUGUUUUCUUAAUAUCUAAUUUGUUGGGGGUUGUAAAUUUUUUAUGUUUUUAUUAAGAUUUAUGGUGUGUUUUGCUUCUGGAUUUGCUGACUUGUGAGAGCAAUUAAGAGCCCCGAUCUGAGUACUUAAUGAUUUUCUUCCACGUUGAUUUCACUUCACAACAAAGUUCCUUUUAGAGAACGAGCAGUAAAAUGUGUUUGCUGAAAGUCUCACCUUCUUAAAUAGCGGCUGAUUUAUCAGUGGUGCUGUCAGUCUGGGUUCUUAUUCCUAUUUAUUACUUAUUUUUUCUUUUUACUUUCUUUCCACUCAGUGUGUUUUUGGCAGAGCCGUUUCCCUCGUCUUCUCCAGCUCUGAGGGCUGUGUCUGAGUACUUCUGUUCAACAGUGCCCUGUAUUUCUGGCACAUAUGAGCUUCCUAUGGACAUUAACACUUACAUUGUUAAACAUUUUGUGAUGAAGAAUAAUAUCCAUGUCCCCUCUCGCUGGUCGGAAGCUGAUGAGCUUGCCUCCUACUAUGUGAAUUCUUUGGCAAGCCGAAGAAUAGACCCUAAUUCCUCAUUCUUGCUCUUGUAAAACCCACUGUUCCAGAACACUGACUGGUCAUUGAAGUAGGGUCCCUGUUCCUCUUUAUCCGGAGGGAGCAGACGUUCAUGUUCUAAACAAAGUUAAAUUCAGGUAGAAGAAAAUAGAGCCUGAGUUAUACUUUCUCCACAGUCCACUGGGAUAUUAGGUGCAGGAAGUGAUUGCUGUAGACGAUGGGAGGCACAGUAACUCCUGAGUUUGUAUGGCUUUAGCAAAGUCAGUACCAACAAAAGGAGUCUGAAUAUUUAAGUCAAUUUAUACCCAGCUACUCUAAGCAUCUGCCUGUUCUUGCUGACUGUCUGUAGCAGGGAUGUGUCUGCUGGCAAGUGCUCUGAAGACAGGAUUACCUAAACUUAGCCAAUAAAUGGAUUAUGAAUCCAACACAUUCCCACUGUUGUCACAGCUAAUCAUAAAUUCACAAUUUCAACCUGCACUCAACCCCAAAUAAACUUCUCUGUCUCCGAAACAAAUUACAUCACAGUAUGAAGCCAGAUAAAGCAAAAGGUGUUGUGGAGUAACUUGCUUGAGUCUUUAGAAUUAGGAACACUAAUAAUGAAAAUGUUGAAAUUAAUGAUCUCUAAUGGCAGAAAGACCUUUAAAAGCCUCAAAUGUGAGUGAUUUAAGAAGUCAUGUCACAGGCAUUUGAGGCAUGUGUGAAGCCCACCACAUCGUUCUGAAUUACUCUGAACACUUUUAACUCUGCUCCAGGAGUCUGAUUUCUGCCUCCAUUUUCACUCUACCACUUUUACCCCUCACACCCGUCCCAUUCAUGCAUUUGCCACUUCUGUUUCUCUAUUGUCCUACGCUUCUGUUGGUGCAUCGGUCCCUUAUCUUUGAUAGACCCCUGACAACGAUGUCUGCGUUGCAUUGGGUAGAAAUGUAGCAGUGGGCUGAGAAGUUUGAGGCCACGUGCUUGCAUGCAGAGAAGAUGGCUGUAAAGCCUUUACUGCAAAAGGGGCUGGCGGAGAGUGAGAACACAGAUGAAGCUCCUGUUAGGUGAAUGAGUUUAUCAAACUGAAGCUGAAUUUAAAAUAUCACAGAGUUAUUUGUUAUAGUGCUGUUUAUUGCACUGCCUGUGCUGCAAACUAUAUCAGAUCUCUUUUAAAUGUUAUGAAGUGUUUCUUACGGUAUGUGACUGAGUCCUAAACGAACUCCAAGAAAUCACUGACUGAUUUUAAGUGUGACAAAGAACAAUUUUGUAGGCAGGCUCUCAUUGAUAGGUUUUGAGAUUUGAAACGCUGCUUUUGAGCUGAUUACUUGUUACAUGUUAUACAUUGAUUCCUGUAUCUGAAACAAGUUAAAGUCAGUUAUACUUAAAUAUAGUUAACAAAGAAUGAUAUUUGUGUUGUGAUACACCAAUGAAGUCUUCAAGAAGGAUAUCUGCAGAUGAGGCUGAGUUACAGUGCACUCAUCAGGCAAGUGAUGGUUUCCAGUAUCUGGACAGUAAUUUACACUCGAAACGUAUUGGCUGCCCAGUAAAUUUUCUGUCAAGGCUGUUAAGUGCCUUGGAUACUCUGCAAGGUUCCCCUCUCCCCAAAGUACUUUUAUAAACCACAGCCCCAGUUCAGCAAGCAGCAGGGCGUUCCUGGGGGCUGCAUCCUGUCUGCUCACAGGGCUGCGUGGCUUUGUGUGGGCCUGAGGGAGAGGUUUGCAUCUUUGUAAUAAAAACAACAAAAACUGCUCAGGCCAACGUGAUUUUUAUAAGUAAAUGGCAAUAGGGAUUUACCUGUGAAUAGUGUUAACUGCUUUGUUAAUAUAUUGCCGAUGCAGGUAAUGCUUGAAAAGUUGCUAAAGACCAUGUCUGGAUUGCACUGUCCGCCACGUCUGCUAUUAAGGCAUCUCAGCUGAGUUAUGCUUAUUUAUGUUCUAAGAUCAGUGACUGUCAGAAGGAGUUAGGCGCCUUAUAAGCCCCGUGUCUGGGAGGUGAACUCUUCUCUUUGUAAAGAGCUUGUCUGUUUUCCUUUGGUAUUUGUUCCUCACACAGAGCCUCAACAGUGAACUGAGCUUUAUCCUGUUGAGUCUGCUGACUGUUGUUGUAUUGUGAUCUUUUCGUUUGCUCUGCCUGUCACAGUGUGCACGGUGAAGAACAGAUGUUGCAGUUAAGGCGUUAAGUCUCAGUUCUUUUGCCCUUAAUGGCCUCUGCCCACUGCUGCUACUGGAGCAGUGAGCAAAGAGCAUUUAUCAUUUUGCUAAGCUCUCUUCAGGUAUCAUGAGCUCUGUGUUUUCCUCCCAACCUUCUUCUGCUGUGUGUGGGAUGCUAAGUGCGGCUGUGAGGAGCGUCCCUUGCCUGUAAGGAGGGUGACUGGGGACAGGCAGGGAAGAACAGGGCAAAGCAGGGCUGGACGGGUCAGAGCAGAAUGGCUUUCAUUAAAAUAAGUAAAUAAAUAUAUAAAAAUCCACCCUAAAAAUAGAAUCCUGGCCCUCAACCAGUUCAUAGGAUCAGAAAGGUGUUGAACCAUUUCCCAGUUUCAGUCUCAUUGGAGCCAAGCCUUACCAGACUCUUGUGAAGCUGUAGCUCCACCGCUCCUUAAUUGCUUCUUGUUUUGAAAGAUAAUUAGGAACUUUAUUUUAAAAUAGUAACUUUAGCAUUCAGUCCAUUAAAUUUGUCACCAAGAUAUUUUUAUUAGACUCCCAGCUGUUUUCUUAUUGGAAUUGUGAACUAAAAAUAGGUAGGAUUUCUGCGGUUGUGAGCAGUGGCUGGUACUGUACUUCCAUUUCAGCUCCUAAUGAUGUGAAAUGUGUUUGUUUCCCUCAGAGCUUUCUUCUGUGCUGUUUAAGAAGGUCCUGCUAAUUACCCCAAACCCAUGCACUGUGGUUUUCUGAUAAAGCCACGUGUUGGUAAAGAGUAUGAAACUGAUUUCCCUCAAGACAAAUGGAAGAUUUGUGCUGCACCCAGUACAUUUUCAUUCUUUCAUCAGACUGCAAGAGUUGUUUGUAAUAAUACAACCAAUACCUUUAAAAACAAACAAUAAUGAACAGGGUUGUGACUGUUAUUAUGAGGGGUGCAGUUUACCCUCUUCGUUUGGUUCUCAUGAGUAGCUCCUUUGUUGUAUAUAAUGAAAAUCACAGUGUAGAUUGUGAGAUAAAGUGGCAAUUACUAUGUUUAUAUUGUAUGAAACUUUGUUUUUUUGAAAUAGAACUCUGUAAUUAUCCAAAUCUAUACAAGCGCUUGCUGGUUUUAUACACACACGGAUUACAGGGCAAAUAAGCAUCUAGUGUCCUUACUUAAAUAGUGUACGUUCUAAAAUCUGAGUUGUUUCACAUGUAUUCCUAACAUCCAUGGCAUAAUGUUGGAUGUGCAGAAAACUAAAAUGGUUUGGAGUUGGACACAGACAUGUCUGUACUUACACGUUUUCCCUGAACAGUCACUUCCUGGAAAUCAACCAUGCAUGAGAAAAAUGUCAUUCUUCUGUCAUCAUGUCAGCUGCUGAUAUAUUUUUUUUUUUCUUCCUUGGGAUGCUCUUUGACUCUAACUCCACUAAAUGUGUGUAACUCACACUUAGAAUAAGCAAGGUAGGUAACUGGAGGGAGCUGUGCUGCAGAGCAGUUUGGGGUUGGGUUGGUUGGCUUUCUCCUGUUUAUAAAGGUUUGGUGUUUGGAGCCACAGUCAAGAAAGUUAGUGACCUGAAUGUCAAUUAUAUCAGCCUUCCCUCCCUCCCCCCCCCCCAUCCUAUUGUCUUUAAACAAAGAAGUAGAAAAUCUUACGAUAUGUUAAUGAAACAUAGGUCUUUCUAAGUGAAGUAGACUCAAUCAAAGGAGGGAAUCUUUUUAAGUGCGGGAUAUGCUUGUCUGCAGAUGUGCUCCAGUUGUGUUCCCUUAGAAGUUGUAUGUAGAUGCACUGUAAAUUCUAGCGUAGCUGAUCAGUGUCACAAUCUUUUUACAUUUUCUCAUCUGCUUGUUGGCAUUCUGCUCCUUGGCCUUCCUGUGCAUUCAUAUGAAGAAGGUAGCUGUAGUUUUACAGGCUGAAGCUGUAGGGCCUAAACAUGGCUUGCACGGGGUAAGGGGGAAGUGCUGUGUUGAGAGCUCUGCACCUGCCACUAGUGCUGGCCAUAACAAUCAGCCCAGGGCAGCUAGUGUGUUCAAGACAUGGCAAAACUGUCUUUGCAGGAAAAUACAGAAGAAAGAACAGGAAAUUGCUAUUUUUAGUAGUUGCAUGUUAUUAGCUAUUGUGUAACGUAUCAGUUGCUGCACUUAGGUACCCUUUCUUGUGAAUCUAGUAAUCUGCUGCUGGGUAGAGGAAGUGGAGUUACAAUGCUGCAGUGCGGUAAAAGCUGUAUUUCACACAGACACAGUCUCUAAACAUUAUGACCAUGUGUAAGCAGGUGACACAGUAUAAGACGUGUAAGACCACACCUAUUUUUCUCCAGAAACAGUGAGCUUUCUCUCUAGACUUUCUUCCAUUUUCCCCCACCUGAUUGCAAUCUCUUCCACCUCCCAGUUCUUGCUGCUGUUCUUCAUGUAAGCCGUGAGCCGGAACUCUAAUUAUAGUAAUGCAGAACAAAUGGAAAUCCUGCAAUUGUCUUCUGCGUUUCAAGUUGCAUAGCAUCUAGUUACAGGUAUCAGAGCCGUAGGUGAGCCGGCACAGGCUAUAGCUGUGUUGUGAUCAUUUCAGUGCCACUACUAUGUGCCUGUGCUUCCUAGCACAGUUUUGAAUUGUGUAUUUAUUGCCAGAUUUGCAGGUUUUAAGUGUAAGAUGCCCUCUAAGCUUUGGGCAGAUAUCUGAGCCAAGAUUGCAAAGUCUUUUAGUGCUUCCUUGCAGUAAGAUGUUAUAAGAGGAUUCUUGUUUUAGUGUCUUUUAUGCAAAAUAAUAGAGUCAAUUAUUGUGCACAGCCGAAGCCCCAGCUGGGUUCACAGCCUCUCAUGUAUGUUAAUGUGGGAACACACACUCCAUGUGGGGAAGAGAAAUGCCUUCUUAGGCCCUUCUCAUCUGUCCCACUGCAACAGUUCAGCCCAUGGUUUUUAGUAUCUGCUUUUGUUCACUUCUGCCCUUGAGAGAUGUUCCUUUCAUGUAGAAAAUUUUUAAUCUGGUAAUAAAUAAUUUAGGUUUAAGAUUUCAGCUAUUUAAAAUGCAAACAUGAGACACUGCCCUCUGCAGACAGUGAUUGUCAAGGUACGUGUGUGUUCUCUACUGAAAUGGCUUUAAGCCAUCCUGCUCUGGGAUGAGCAGUCGUGUGGAACAUGGAUGCCCACCGUGGGGCUGCAGCUUGGCCUUCCUCUCCCCAGGUUGCUGCUGCCCGCGGUGGCAGGGCUGGCAGGGCUGAGCUGGGGAGGGGCGGCCGCCCACCCGUGGUGCUGAAGUGAGUUGUUCAGAGCUUUGUGAGGCUUCCUUUCCGGUGUAGUAAAGUAGUUAAUGAUGUCAGCAUGCGCAGCAUCAGUGGAGUUUCGGAAUUAAUGCUCGCUGAGAUGAAAUUAUUUUCCACCUCUCAGAUGCAUUUGUUUCACACUACCUGCAUAGGUAGGCUUCACAGCACUGUUUUGUGUUGAUUCAUGACCACAAAUGGCUCAAAUCCUCCCCUUCCCCAUUGCUCCUGCUUCCUGAGAAAAGAAUGGCUGACACUGGGAGAUUGGCAGUAAUUUAGCAGAAUUUUUUAUGGUAUACCAUAGAGCACGGGAGGAGGAAUUUUGUUCCUGCACUGCCUGAAUUUGCAGAGAACAGCUUCAGAGGAGGAGGAUGUAAAAACUCAGAACCCGGGCCUUUCUGACUCCUUGGCCCUUCUGAAGCCUGUCCACGAGGAUUCCAUUCAGGUGCUGAGACUGCAGCUGUGGUUCACAGGUGUCAGCAAACCAGCACCCUUAGCACCUGCUCAGCCUUCCAUGUUCUCCUCACUGUAAGGUUCUGUUUCAAGAUUGAGGUAAUCGUUCUGCUGUUGAUGGUUUUUAGAGUUCUAAUGCUUAAAUAGUUACGUUCUAUGAGUAAUAUGUUUAGUAAUCAUUUAGGUAAUUAAAGCAGUUCUAUAGCUGUAAUAACUAGAUUCAGUAAAGCUAGUUUAAAAGAACAAACUUUACCUGAAGCAACUGUGUUAUCACUUUUUUCUUAUAAUGUUGUCUUAAGUUAGUUGGAAAAGAAGGUAUUUUUAAAGUCCAUCCAGAUUUUCCCUUCACCUCCUUUUCCCUGAGCACUCACCCAGCAGUUUUUUUUGCACAUGUGCACCCAUCACCCCCCAUCUCCGCACUCUUACUCCAGCCCUAUCUUUGUUCCACUUUUUGCAGCUCCUGAUAUAUGAGCAGUCAGUAAACUACAAUAGAAAUCCUCUCCGUGCCAAAACCAGCAGACAUGGCUUUUGGCUAAGGGAGAAAAUAGGCUAAGGUUGUGCCAUGUCAGGGCUUUUAGUUUUCCUGCACACACUUCAAUUCUGCAUUCUCUGCUGCUUUAGUCUGAAAAGCACAUGGCCUGGAGAAGUUCACGUUAAAAACCGUUUGAAAGUGUUAAAAUACAUUUUGUAAAAAAUAAGGAAUUUUUUUUCUUUCUGCUUCACAGACAUUUUAAUGGGUAGAGCUUUUAAUAUCAUUCGUAAGGUCUUGUAGUUAUCCCUCUGGUUAGGAGAGAUGAGAUUUGAAGGAGUUCAUAUUCUUUUAAUUACAAUUCUGCUUUAGGAUAAGUUGAGUAAAGGUAGCAGGUCUGUGGGGAACAGAAGGGGGAAGGGCCACAGCAUUUUAUUUAAAUCAUUCUCUAGCAGCAUAGCAUGUCAGGCAGUUGCUGAGCCUUUUUAAAGCCAGGAUAGUCUGUGAGAUGUCCACUUAAUUUGAAGCUUGAGGACGAUAAAUAUUUAAAUGUUGUUUGGGGAAAUAUUCCAUAAUCAAUAUCUGUGUGCUGAUGUUAUUACAAACAGCAUUUCAGUGAGUGAAGCUGAGGGGUCUGUAUUUGGUUUUUCUUUUAAAAGAACUGAAAAAGGGUUGUGAACAUCUAAGCAGAAUGGAAUUAUGAAACAGGAUGACUGAGGGCUCUUUUUGUUUGAUGUGUUAAAUUUAUAUGAAAAUAAACGCGGGCUGAACUUCUUCAGAAAUGUGGUCACUCCCUGUGAACGGCUUUCCCACAGAAGUGGUAUCUUCACCAUUAGUGUUUUUCUUUAUAUUUGGCUUCCAGCUUGAUUUCUUGUUCCUUUUAUCUGCCUGAAUGCAGUGUGUACCACUGAGAGACAACCACUCAAAUACGACUUCUUCAUUUUAUUGUAUGCCUGACGAAUGCAGGAACAAAUACUUGCAAGGAAUGAUUUGCACAGUAGCCCGUAGUCCUCAAAGUUAAAAGUAUGAAAUUGCUGUUGCAGCUCUGUGUCAGCUGCUUGUUUUAAAAUGAAUUUCUAGAUGUAUGUGUGGUAUUAAGUUCCAUGAUCAAGCGAGUGUUUUCAAGAAGAAAGAAGAGUAACUUUAUAUUCCAGCUCCCGUCAGUACUGAGAGGUGUGCUCUUUACAGAUGCCGUAAUGCGAGAUGCCAGUUUGUCUGCCUCCUUUUACAGAGGCCUGGAGUUGUUUUUCCCAAGUUAGUAUUUAAAAAAAAAAAAAAAAAAAAAAAGUUGCCCCUGAGAAAAAGGAAAAACUGAAAUGUGAGCUGCUGUGAAUUGCUUAAACUGUCAGCUCAGAGCAGGUAUUGACAGGUAGCUCUGUGAAGAAGCUGCCUGCCAUACCAGCCAGGAGUGCCUGGAGCAAUCAUCACGUGUGAUGCUGGCAUCAAAGAGAUGAAAGAGUUGAGCUUUCAAUGAGCAAGAUAACUGUCAAAAUUACUGCAUUUUUCAGAAGACCCUAAAAUAUAGAGCAAAAAUCUCUCAGUUGUGAUGGUGCUUAAGUAGGCAGAAUUUUUGGAUUUAUAUUCUCGCACAUUAAAUACAAAUGAACUAUUUCUCUGAAGACCUUUGUACAAGUAUAUUUAAGUAAGGCAAUAAAAUUGUCCCUCUCACCACACUCAAAGCAGAGCAAUUGCUUGUCCUCCUAUUGUUCUGGGCUCAUCUGGGGCCCAUAUUCAUCCUCUGCCUUACAACUGCUUCCCUGGUUCCUGCGGAAACUCGAUCCUGGGAGCAGAAUUCCUUUUCUCUCAUGUAAGAUCAAAUCAUCUCCCCCUACCUCCUUUUAUAAUAUUUCUGUUAAAAAUGGUGAUGCCUAUUUUAUUCCCAGUUGGGGAAGUGCCCGGUUCUGCAUUUUCAGUUCUUAGGCUGAGUAGUAUAGCUAUAGUGUUACACUAACCAUACACACAAGCAGAAGAACGUGGGUGCUGUCUGAUUUGAUUUGUCUUUUUGCAGAUAUCUCCAUUUCUCCAAGUGGGAAAACCAGCACGGGGUAUGAGUUUAUAAGCUCUUGCAGCACCUGAAUCGUAUGUGCCUGUAUCUCAUACUGCGAAGUCACAGCUCUCCCACUUCUUUGAAUUUGCAUCUUUUAUGGUCCCUUUCAACCCUUACAAAUCUGAGAUUCUGUGAAGAAUCCAAACAAUUCAAGCUCUAUAUUUUAUGUAAAGUGAAUUUGUUCCAAGAAAAAAAUCCUGUAAUUUUUUUGUUAGUAAUGUUUACUAAAAAUCUUGAUGUGACUAAUUAGGUCAUAAUCGUUCAAUUUUUAAAUGAAGUAUCUGUGAUGGUCUUUAGCAACUGAAUUCGGUUCUACUGAUUUGAUGGCUCUGGAGGGAGCUGAAGACCAUAAGGACAAGGUUCAUAUAAAUAAUUUGUUGAAACACAAUGAAAGUACAUCCCAUUGGGUUCACCUGUCUUAAUUGCUUAGAGCAGCCUUCAGUGGGGGAGAGACUACAGUUUGUAGUUUUGUCAUAUUCAAAAUGAAAUCUGAAAUUGAAGCAACUCAGUGAUGUUGGGGGACUUUCAAAGAAAAUUCUUUUUACUGGAGGCACUCUGUAAUUCUGUUCAGAAAUAUUCAUACUGAUUUUUGCCUAAAAGAUUUUGCCUGAACAAUCUUCUUAGCCUAAGUUAGCAUAAACUGUUUUCAAACCUGUACGAGUGAUCUGCUCUGUACCAUACCAGACUAUUUUGGGUUUUUUUUUAAUUAUUAAUUUUAAAGUUUCCCUCCAAGUUCAGUCAGUAAUGCAGCAUGUGAUGCUGUUGUGUUGGCAUCUUCUGCUGUAUGAGGACUUGGUCUGUGACCUUAGUCUACAGUUCAAAACAUCUUACAGCACAAAAUCACCGACCUUGCUAGUAGCCAUCGACCUUUUCUGCCUUCCAGAAAGCAGGCAUAACAAAAAUAUAUUUAGACUACGGAUGUUUCACAUGGAGGAGGUACAGGAGGGUCAGUAACAGUCAGCCAUGUUGGAGUUCUCCUUAUUCCAGCUUGCUGGCUUUAGUUAUAGUAAAGACUAUGGAAGCAGAAUUUGUUAUUUUCUUACCAUUGGGUACAGCCUUUCAGCUUUUCAUUCCUUAUAUAAAAUAAAAAAAUUGUAUUGUUUGUUCAUGGCUCCUACUGAAAUAGCUGUAACAAAUACAGAACUUGAUGGAGUGCCUGGGAGGUCGGUUCUUUAAGGUGACAGUUUUAGAGAGUCAUGCAUGGUGAAAACUAUUUUAAUCAGCAAGAAAGAAAUCUCUCAGGUAAGUCACAGAAGCAACUUCAUAGCAUUGGGAGCCGGGGAGCACAGAUUCCCCCAGCAGUUCUCACAUCCACCACUCCUGAUAACCCCAGUGCUGUGGGGUUUGGUUUUCCCUGGCUGAACAUGUCAUUUACCUUCAUUCUGCUUCCAAUAAUAUAUGAAUUAUUCAGAAAUGUCUGAUAUUUGACUUCUGAUCAAUUCAGUUCUUGUUUUAUUUUAAACACUAAUUCACAAAUAGAGUUAAGUAUGACAGGCAAACAAAUUUGUUGUAAAUUGUAGAGAAGAGAUUGUAUCCCCAUAUCUGAAGCAACAGAUCAGUAGUGUUUUGCAACAAACAGAAUCGUUAGUUAGCUCUGAAUCUCAUUGCUUUGGCCUGCAAAAAUUUGGAAAGAGAAGUUAGGGAGAGAAGGAGUAGAAGGGGAAUGGAGCUGAGAAAUUUAGUUGCGUGAAUGUUUAAUUGCUGCUGCUUUUCCUGUGUCAUUUUUGUCAUCUUUUAAUGAGGAUUGCACCACGUUCCUCCCUGCUGCCUAGCACAGUGUUCCUGCCUCAGGCUUGCCCUGGAAUCAAAUCACAGCACAGUGAUCUCAUUCAUACCGUUACCUUUCAUUUCUGGACCCAACCUUAGCCUUAGAUCAGCUUAAGUUUCCUCCUGGCACGGUUUCUGGGGUGGGGUGAGGGGCUGUUCUGGAGUUAUUUAACAUAUACAGGCUUGUAUUGUGGGGUGUGCCUUGGAGGCAUAUGGUAGGAAGUUGUUUUUAAUCAGCCUGGUUUGGUGGUUGUGAGGGUGCGAAAGUACCUUUUUACAAGUAUUAAAAGUCCAAGCGAAGGCAGCUGGAAAAACCUGGAGUGUUGGGCCUUGUUUUGUGCAUGGACAGGAGAAGCUCGGGGAGAGGGUUUUGCUUGAAAACCAUUGAUCAGUGGUGUUUGGGUUAAAAUGCCCCCUCGGUCGGGGGAGCAUAAAGCAGCAAAUGGGGGAGGCAUCCUUCCAAAGCCACUGCCGAGGGGAGGCCGAGCCCAGGAGCUGAGGCCCUCCCGGUGACUGUGGGCCGUCCAGCUCUGCUGCACCAAGCUGGGAAUGUGUGUGUGUGUGUUGUGCAAGUCGGGUCUUGUAUUUAUUUGUGACUUUGCUUCCUGUAGCAAGAAACGUAUGCAUGUAAGGAUUUUUUUAUAUUAUUUAAAUCAAAACUUUCCGUUGAUUAUAGGCUCUUAAAUGAUCUUGAAGUACCUUCAUAAAAAAACAGUACAUUCAGAAUUGCAUUACACCGCAUGGUAUGAAGUACACUUUCCAAAAAUAUUUCUGUGAAAAAGCUUUUUUCUGCAGUAUACGUUUCUCAGAUGGCGGAUGAGUGAGCUGGAAGUGGUGGAAGGAGGAGGGGAGGGAAGUUUACAUCCAGAUUUAAGCCUGGAUGGGAACUACUCUACAAUUUUUGGAAACAAAAAUAUCUGCGGAGGGACCUGAAGGAAUCCUGUGGGCUGAUGGUGCAGUUUGUGUUGAGUGCGUGCUCUGGGGUCUUUAUGGCAUACGGAAGGUAUUUCACCGUGGCUUUAUCACUUACUGUAGUUGCAGUAUUCCGAUUACCCUCUGUAGUCACUAUUGGCUUUUGAUAGAGCAGCUAAGAACGUAUGUUUGGAGAGUCACGUUUGCUGCAUUGUAUCACACGGACUUCUAUUUCCAUAUCUGAAGGCAAAGCCGUACAACUUCAGUCUUACUCCUGAACUGUUGCUUUCAUGUGCUGCAGAAAAUAUUGAGUCUCCUGCUUAUACAAAUGUCUACUGUUGGGUAAUAUUGACAAAUAUACUGAAUAACAUUUUUGACAUAACAUUCUGUUCCCACACAGAUAAUUUGGAUGUAAUUGAAUGGGUUGAUGAAGAGUCUGUGCUAAAAAUACAACAUUUUCUCACCCACUGAGGGAAAGAAAACGCCUGUUGAAAAGGCAGUUUUGUCGAGCAGAGGCGUGGAGCAGCGGCCUGUGUGCCGUGCCUCGCUGAUCCAGGCACGGCUCAGGUCUGACCCGGGUUACAGGCACGCUCUGAGCACGGUCGCGGCUGUGUGGUGCUGAGGCGCGGGUUGGUGCAGGGCUGCGGGCGGAAGCCGGGGCACCACUGGAGCUGUGUGAGGCCUCGGCCCUCCCGGGGCCCCAGCCGGGCUCUGUCGCACUCACAUAAACGCUUAAAUAUACCGAAGCUAAAAAUCCACAGUGAUCGUUAGCGGGGAGAAUUUUGUAGAUUACUUUUUCCUUCUGUUUUUCCUUACUUUAACGAUCUCAUGGGCAAAACGCUUCAUUGUUACCGUUUCAGAAGUGGUAUGGCUUUGCUAUAGGCUGGGGGAAGAGGAGGAGAACUAGAUGUUAGAGAAAGGCUGACAGUUUAGUGUGCAAUAAAGUAACUUUUAUACUUCUCUAAAUCAGCUAUCAAAUAAACCCUGUGCUAACAAGAAGUUGGGAUUGCUCCCUGCCCCAGCGAGGUGCAUUGUACCUUUCCAGCCUUUGAAAGUGCCUGUGCCUAUUUUUAUUUGCAGAGCUGGGGCCGGGCUGGCCCCCUUCCAGAUGUGUCUCACAAGAUUUGGUGCUGCCGAGCUAUUUAUAGAGCUGUGGUUCCAUUGUCAUGGCAACCAUGCUGGAGGCCAAGGCGGCUGGGAGCUAUUUCUGGCCUCGUACUGUAAUGUAAAACUGAUUGGGAAAGUUAGUGCAUCCUCUGAGCCAGACUAACUUUAGACAGGCAGGGAGAAAAAAGAGACAACCACCAUUUCUUUAAAUAGAUUUUCCUUUUCUCCUGCCUUUUCCCCGUUUGUGCUUUUCAGUCACUAGCGAUUUUUGAAAGGAGGGUUUGCAUCCAGCCCUGCUUGCCCAAAAUCCAUUCAUGCCUCACGGCCUCGGGAGAGCUGUGCGCUGCUAAUUAAGCAGUUUGGGAAGCAGGGCGCGCCACCAGCAAGUUUUCUAGACAAGAUUGACAUAGUCAAACAAAAUGAGUAUACACCAUCUGACCAGGAUCUUCUCAGAUGCAGAGUUUUGACAUCAGGAAUUUUUGAAACCAAGUUUCAAGUGGACAAAGUAAAUUUUCAUAUGUUUGAUGUUGGAGGGCAACGAGAUGAACGCCGAAAAUGGAUCCAGUGUUUUAAUGAUGUGACUGCUAUCAUAUUUGUGGUGGCCAGCAGUAGCUACAACAUGGUUAUACGAGAGGACAAUCAGACCAACCGGCUUCAAGAAGCACUAAAUCUCUUCAAGAGUAUCUGGAACAACAGGUGGCUACGGACCAUUUCAGUAAUUCUUUUCCUGAAUAAACAAGAUUUGCUAGCAGAGAAAGUUUUGGCAGGGAAAUCUAAAAUUGAAGACUACUUUCCAGAAUUUGCUCGCUACACUACACCAGAUGAUGCAACACCAGAGCCUGGUGAGGAUCCCAGAGUUACAAGGGCCAAGUAUUUUAUUAGAGACGAGUUUCUUAGAAUCAGCACAGCAAGUGGAGAUGGAAGGCACUAUUGCUAUCCUCACUUCACAUGUGCAGUGGAUACAGAGAACAUCCGGAGGGUUUUCAAUGACUGUCGGGACAUUAUUCAGCGCAUGCACCUUCGCCAAUACGAGUUGUUGUGAUGGACAGCACUUUUUUCUGUGUUUUGGACUCCUUAUUCCUUAUUAGAAAAGAAAAAAACCACCCUUGCCCACAAGGGACGGAAGAGAACUGUUUGAAUCUCCCGUUGAUUUGCACCCCUCAACUUUUUCUCCUUGCUGGACAAUAGCAGCACUUCUAAGCUUGCUUCUGUACCCCUCGGACAGUUUGAGAUGGCCCCUAACACUUAAAGGCCAUUUCCAUGAGGACUCCCUAACACUGUUAUUAACAAAAAAAAAAAAAAAAAAGAGAAAAGAAAAAAAAAGAAAGAAAUAAACUAAUUAAUUGAAAGCCCUGAAUGUGGAGCACCUGAAAGAAUUGGGGGUUAAAAUUUAAAGCAUAAAACAAAAAUUGGGGAGAGAAUACUUUAGGUAAUUUAGCACUGUUGUGGGCAUAAUCAUAUAACCCAUGAUCUCCACUUUGUACCAUUCACUGCAUCAGACUAAAGAAGGUGCCAAGUCACAGACCAAGUUUGAAGACAGACACUUGAGUUUGGUUCUCUGACUGUAAUGUGGCUUUGAACGGAAAUACUGACAAUUCUACAACAGACCUAGACAGUGCAAAAACCAACUGCUACCUUUCAGAAGGGUAUUUUUAAAACCAGUCUUGGUGGUCUUAAGACAACCACGGACAUUUAUGAAUUGAACUGCAUAUGGCCUGUGAUCGCAGAAAGAGUUAACCACACACUGUUUUCAGUUUGUCCACUGAUGAUCCCGUCUGCUAUAAAAAUCAUUAUCUGGACUGUAGUCCUCACAGUCUUUCCCUUCUUUUUCUUCUUCCCUCCCCUCAUUUUUUAUUUUACUGCUGGAUUAUUAUUCUUGUACAGACUGUAAAAUGUAUUAUUUUGUACAACUUUAUUGAAAAAAAAAUAACUUGUAGAAGAUCUUUGUGCCUUGAUUAUGGCUGUACCUGUACAAUGAGCUAAGAUGUAAGUAUGUUUGAUUGCGCUGUACAGCUUUGUCAACCCUAUCUGCAGCAUUAGCUCAAGGUAGGGAAAAUUUAUCUGUAGUUUAGUUUUUCUGGUUUAUAAAAGAAGGAAAAAUACUGUUUAGUAAAAAAAAGAAAAAAAAAGAAAAAAAAGAUAAAAAGGAAAAAAAAAGAAAAAAGUAUAAAUUGUGCAAACUUAACCACUUUAAAAGUGAGGUCUUCAACAAGUGACCAGAUGUUGCAGCAUCAUGCUUUUUAAUUUUAGCUUUAAUUCAUUUAAAUCUCUAUCCAAAUGCAAAACAUGGCUUGUUUCUACAUAAACCAAAUUUUGCUACAAAUUAUAAAUGUUAGUCUUUGGUCAUUCAUAGUCCUUUUUGCUAAAGACAAAAACAGAACAAUAACAAACACGUAGGGCAUCAUGCAGGUCUGGUGACCAUCUCUAGACUGGGCUAAAUACCCCACCAACCUCCACUUACACUGCGUGGGCAUAAUACUACCAGAUGACAAGGUGUGCACUGCCCUUGGAUUUGGCCACUGAACUCCAGUUUCAAAUGACAUUUUUAUUUCUCUUUUAAUAAAGAGAUACUUUAGAACCUUUUUGUUUUAUAUUAACUAUAUAAGUAGCUUAAAGUGAAGAUGUGUGGAUUUUUCUUAAACUUGAAUAAUUUAUGCAAAUUAUAUGCUUAGAACAACAUGUGGUACAGUAAAAAGAAAAAGAGCAAAAAUCACUGUAGCAAUAAGAGAGCAUGUAAUUUUAGUAACUACUACACUGCUUUAUAUUUUAUACCUAGGUGUUUUAUGUCUCUGUGAGUGUGUUACUUUUUCAUGUGUCUAAACCUACGUGUACAAUUUGUACAGAGUCAGAAAUUACAACUGUAAUAACACAUCUAGAACAGUGUUAGCUUAUAUUACUCAAACACCCCUAUUCCCUUCCAUUUACAUCCCUAAACUGAUCUGGAUCUUAAUGCAGUGACUUUAAAAGGAAAACAAAAGGAAAACAAACACUUGCCUCUUUGCCUUUCACACUAGCUUCCCUUCAUCCGAGAUCCUGUGAUUCUGUUUUGGGAAAAGGUCCAGUUGAAAUUGAAGUGAGGGUGUGCUCAGCGGUGUCUGUGCAGCUGGAUUUGCUUCAGGUAUCAGAUGCCUUCAAUACUCAGACUGCAGCUGUUCAGGAUUGUGAGUUUGCUUUGUGUUUGUGGCUGAACUUGUAAAUGAGAUUUAAUCGCCUUAGUCCAUUUUCACGUAUGUGAAGAGCUGGGAUUUGAUGGAGUUCAUGUCCCAGUCACUCCAAAUAAUUCAAAAUUGCUAUUGAUUUUCCAUAAGAAGACACUAAAUCGUCUGAAAAUGUUAGCUGCAGUUGAUCUUCGUUUUUGAAAAAUUCUCUUUCCUGUUCAUACAUUCGGAAAGUUGUCACCUGAACUUGACAGAACCGUAGGAGAACGUGACUGAAAAUGGCCCUCAGUCACUUCAGAAUGUAUCCAGUGCCUGUAGGUUAAGGGAGGUAAAAAUGGGACACGGAGUGAAAAGGAAAUCCAUUGUGAGCCUUAAUUUUAGUUACAGGAGCCAAAAUGUUUUAGUGCCAACCCUUAAUCUUAAGCCUGGGAGGAGUUGGUGUAAACAGCAAAUGUAUAAAAGGGGAGAACCUGUCGUGGUGUAAAGAAUGUAAUCUCUCAUCUGAGAGAAGCAAAGCCCCCCAUUUAAACCAACCAACAAAUAAACCAACUUCUUCUGUUAACGAGAAGGGUGCAUCAUAGCAGUGAGCUAUAUGAGACAGUAACAGCCUAAGAAACCUUCCUGUAAAGCUUUAUAUGAACAGAAUUGUUUAGGGGAUGCAGUUUUUUUUUUUUAAGUGAGGAGAAAGGCAAUUGUUUUGAAUAGAGUUGAGUUGCACAAGUAUGGAGUGUGUGUGUGUCUUAAUGUCUCAGUAUUGCCUUUGUUAGUCUCUUUAUUAGUCCAUGCAGUUUGGUGGCCUGGUAAAUGCAAGUCUUACUUUUAACAGCUUCUUUUUCUUUUCUUUUCUUUUUUUAAUACAAAACCAUAAAGCUUUAAUGCUUGCUAUUUAAUAAGUUACUGUGUUUUCUUCUGUCUCUCUAAUUUAGUGGCCAUAAUUUGCAGUUAAUUGAACCAUUCCAACCUAAUGCUUACCCAUAUUUCCUAGUUUUGUUUUAUUUAUUUAUUUGAACUUCUUGUUUUCAUGACUGAGGACUUUCACUUCUGUCUCAUUCAUCUGUUUGGAAACUUCUGACCUUACAGCCAAAAUUUUACUCAUUCUACUCAGUAUUCGUUGUGAUGCUGAAGUGUAAGAUACCUGCAAAUGUAAACACUACCACUUUUAUUAAUAAAAGCAAAUACAGUGUUUUAGGGCAUAUUUGCAUCACUAUAGUUGAGGUUGUGUCAGUAUUUCCAUUAUAAAGGGUCUAUAUCUUGGCACUAAAUUGCCCUAAGCUAAUCUUUGCCAUACAAGGCUACUGCUCUAGCAUGAUUUGGUGGGUUGGUUUUUAAACAGUUUCCAACACAAACUCUCGUUUCUGUUUUAAGUUAUACAACUGUUCCGUUGGAUGGGGGUUGGUUUAAAAAAAAAAAAAUACUGGUUCAAGAUUGUUUUUGGCACUUCUGUAACUCAGAAAUGGUUUUGAUUUAAAAACAUAACCUUUGGCAAGCCAGUAACCUACAAUAUGGUCUGAUCACUUUGGGUAUUUUGUAAAAAAUAAUAAUAAAUUGUAGAGAUGUUGUGGUUUCAAAAUCA